AUGUUGUUACUUGUUCUCUCUGCGUUCGUUGCAAUUCUCUACAAUGACCAGUUUCAGCCGUUUCAAGCGGCCGUGGGAUUCUCGUUAUUGGGUUACACCUUCACUACCUAUAUGAUUCCUAGAGUGUCCACUGCAUUCAUCAAACGGGGUUUGUUUGGUAGAGAUAUGUCUAAAAUAGGUAAGCCAAUUUGUCCUGAGACGAUCGGGGUGAUACCAGCCAUAUGUUACAUGUUUCUUAUGAUUCUGUUCAUACCUUUCAUGUACGUUCGUUACUAUUAUCACGGUGAUGGAUCAUCCUUAAGUGAGCCAGCCAGUCUUUUCCCGAACGGAAAACUCUCCAGCUUUCUUAGUGGAAUGCUAUGCUUACAAUCCAUGAUUUUGUUGGGUCUUAUGGACGAUUUGUUCGAUAUUCGUUGGAGACAUAAGUUCUUUCUUCCUGCCAUCGCUGCCAUUCCGCUUUUGGUGAUCUAUUACGUUGAUUUUGGUGUCACUUCGGUAUUGAUUCCGUCGUUUCUAAAGCGAUGCCUUAAUGUGACGUCAAAUUCGUUUGAUCUGGGCGUCUUCUAUUACUUUUAUAUGGCGGCAGUGGCCAUUUUCUGUCCCAAUUCUGUCAAUAUAUUGGCAGGUAUCAACGGCUUGGAGGUGGGUCAAACCGUUGUCAUUGCAGUUCUCUUAAUUCUAAAUGACUUGUGCUAUAUGCUUAUGGGUGAUUUGGGAUCUCCCGCUUAUUCGGUUCACCUUUAUUCGUCGUGUAUGCUUAUUCCUUUCCUUGGAAUCUCCUUAGGUCUCCUCAAGUUCAAUUGGUUUCCUGCCAGAGUGUUUGUAGGUGAUACCUGGUGCUAUUUCUCCGGUAUGGUGUUUGCGGUGGUGGGAAUCUCGGGUCAUUUUGCCAAAACUCUUCUGUUGUUUUUUGUGCCUCAAAUCUUGAACUUUAUCUACAGUUCUCCUCAAUUGUUCCACUUGGUUCCCUGUCCUCGUCAUAGGCUACCUCACUUUGACGCAAAGGACGGUCUAAUGCACAAUUCUUGGACAGAAUAUGAUAGAGAUCAUCCCAUAAAGAAGGUGAUGGUUCCUAUUUUCAGUGCUUUCGAGAAGAUAAGGUUGAUAAAACUAGUCAGGAAUUCAAAUGGAACCAUAAUCAAAUCUUCCAACAUGACACUGAUCAACUUGGUCAUCAUCUGGUUCGGACCAAAGAGAGAAGAUCAUCUAUGUGCUCUUAUUAUGGCUCUACAGUUUCUUACUGGCCUUUUUAUGUUGAUUCUAAGGCAUACCGUGGCUCCUAUGUUGUUUGGAUUUGACAAUUCUUGGAAUAUGUUGGAAAGAAGGUGGAAUUAA